AUGGGCAAGCGUAGCUCUAGUUUCGUCGUGAGCGACAACUCCAGCGGUGAUGAGCGGCCCGCUAAGUCAUCCAAGAAGGCCAAGAAGGAGGUCAAGAAAGGAUCCAGCUCCAAAAAUGGGACAAACGUCGACAGCGAGGGUAAUGCCUUCUGGGAUCUCUCGGGCAAGAGGCGCAUCGUCGUCCAGGAGUUCAAGGGAAACUGGUACGUAAAUCUGAGGGAAUACUACGAGGACAAGUCCGGUGAGAUGAAGCCUGGUAAAAAGGGCAUCAUGCUCUCAGUUGAUCAAUAUCAGACUCUCGUCGGCAACUUCCCCGCAAUUACCAAGGAAUUGCGCAAGCAUGGCGUCAAGAUCGCAGGCGGCGAUGCUGCCGAGGAUGAUGCUGAGGAGGAAGACGAAGAUGAGAAGCCCGCCAGGUCGAGCAAGAAGGAGUCAAAGGCCAAGAAAGCCAACAUCGAGGCCACCAGCGACGAGGCAGAAAACUCGGACUAG